UUCGCUUUUAAUUGAGAAAUUCUGACAAAAACUUGCCAAAAAUUACUCAAAAUGACUGAAAAACAGGACGAAAACAACGAACAAUACGAAUUAAGCUUCAAUUCGGAGGAUUUGAACGCAAAUCUGAGUUUUCUUGAUCGCGAUGACGCCGCCGCCGCUCCUUCCGAAAAUCAUGACGUCACACCGCCCGACGAAAAUUUCCAAGAAAUGCAAAAUGAAGAGGAAUUGGCUUCGACUGAAGAAGAUGAAGCGGAAGCUGAAAGCGAAGACAUGGAAGAAGACGAUGAAGAGGCUGAAGAAGGAAAUCGAGAUGACGCCAUCGAUGCUUUUAUCGAUCAAUUGUACGACGAAGUUGACAAAUUGCAAGAUCCGCAAAGUGUUUCGCUGGUUAUGACGUCACUCAAGAUGGAGGUUAAGGAUUUAAAGAUGGAGGUUGCUAAGAAUAAAGGCCAUGCGGAACGUUUAUUGGAAGAUCGUCGUCGCAUCAAGAAGAAGAAUCGCAAGUUACGGAACGAAAAUGAGGAAAUUAAGCAGUUUUUGGAAAAGAUGCAGAAAAAUCAGAUCUUAAUAUCCAAAGAUUAUGCAAAUGCAGCCAAAACCUGCAAGAAAUUGAUUGCCACUCGCAAGGAAUUGUUGCAAAAAUGCGAAGAAAUUGAUCAGAAUUCAUCGAAAAUGAACAAGAGUAAUGCAGAAUAUGACGGAGUUUUGGAGCAAAUGGAAGUUAUCAAACAAGAUUACAUGAAAUUGAAGAUUGAACACAAUGCCGUACUUGCAGAAAUGAACGAAAGUGACAAGAAACACGAAGAUUUGAAAAAUGAAAUGAAAUUGAUGGAAGAUCGUGCUCUUGCAGCAGAGAAAAUGGUUCAAGAGAAAGAGCAACUUGUCUCAUCUUUGCAGGACAAAGAGGAGCAAGUAAAGCAAUACGUAGCAAAACUUCGUGACGAAAUCGCCGAACUCAAUCGUGUUAUGCGCGAGCAACAAGACGAAUUUCAGAAGAAACUCGCCGAAAAAGACGCCGAAGCUGAAAAAUCUCGCGAAACUUACGAGAAUCAAAUCAACAAAAUGUACACGGAGAUGGAACGCGUUCAAACUUUGACCAAAGAAGUCGCUGGGCAGCAAAAGAACAAUCAAGGUCUCAUCAAAUCCUUGACCGAUCAAAUCAAGGAUCUCGAAAAAGAGAACAAGAGUUACAUCGAUGCCAACACAGACCUUCUCGUUCGUCUCCGCGACAUGGAAAAAGACUCGGGAUCCGAAGUUGAUGCUCUCAAGGACAAGCACAAGCAACAAAUUGACGCUCUUACUGCCGAAAUUCGCGAAUUGAAGAACAAGGUAUUCGAAUUUACGCAUCGCGAUUUGGAGCAAAAGAAGAAAAUCACGGAGCUGGAAGUCGACAAGUCCGUUAUGGAGCACAUGCGGAGUCAGGAAAAUGCUCAGGAGCAGAAUAAUUAUUCGACUCCGAUGCCGUCGUUGAACAUGCCGCCAGUUUCGCCGAGCAUUAGUCCCAUUCCGACAAGCAGUCAACAGCGUCGUACGAUUUAUGAUCCGAAAAAUCGUGCAACGACAAAUGAGAAACCGCGUCAAUUUUUUGCUCAUACUACCCCGAUUGGAGCAACUCUCGCUCAACGCAAUUCUGCAGCUAAGAAACGCCCGCAAAUGGUGUGUGAAGUACCGCCGAAUGCUGCACAAGGAAAUUUGGAUCGAAGUGAUACUGACGUUUUCCGCCUCAAUCCCCUUGACAUGAGCGCCGUAAAUGCUGGAUUCGAUAGCGAUGAUGACUCCUCAGUUGUUGAAGUAACUGUCACUACAUCCAAAAAGCCUCGACUUUCUUAAGUCUGAUGAGCUUUCACGACACGAUAUUUGAUAUUGAAUAUCAAUUUGACUCUUAAAAUUUAAUUUUACUCAAUUUUCCUCAAAAAUUUGACCAUUUUCUUCAAAUUAAUACUCAAAAUGUGCUAAAUGUACCCUUAUUUCAAUUGAUUUGACACAAAAAUGUUAAAAAAUAUGUUAAAAGAAGCUUAAAUAAAGAAUUCUUCGGUGUUAAAAUAACGCAGUUCGU